AUGGCUCAAACCGAGACUCUCAGUCUUUUGCAAGAUGUCGUUGUCAAGACCCAACAGCAGGCAGUCCUGGAGUCCGACAUUCAGGAACUCCACGACCACAUUCUCGCCCAGCCAGGAGGAGAGGAAAAGCUUCGGCUUCUGGCCGAAAGCGUCAGCUCGCCUGUUACGGCCAUGGCCACUAACGAUGCUGGCGCAUUCAAAUCCAAGAUGGGUGCUACAGGCUCUCUGAUUAACCUCUGGUUCUAUCAGCGUGUAACCGUCAAAGUCAAUGUCAACGGGAAGGAUAGACAGUUUACCGCAAACCUCGGCGGGUUCUCGCCGGGCUUUCCGGGCGGUGUUCUCUUUGGAGACCUCUAUUACGAUGAUAUCAAUGAUGUCGGUGGUGACUAUACCGUUCAAGCUGGCUCCAUCGGACCAUGGUACUCGGUGCAAUUCUUCCGGAAUGGUUCGCUCAAGAUGUCGUUGCAAGCUGGCAACUUGGGAUUUUCGACUGGGGUCACUGGCGGUACCGGCUCUUGGGACUAG